UCGCGUCGCCUCUUCCUUUCUUGAUAAUACCAAUCUAGCUACGCAAACACAGCCGCAAAUAGCGUAUUUCAGGAAGAAAAUUGUCCAGUCUAAAAAAAAGAGGAUUAUCAGUCCGUGGGUCGUACGCUAUGUUUUAAACGCAUAAUUUAUUCACAAAGAAUUACGACGUAAGUAUGCGAGUACCUCUUUCUGAGAAUACAGAGAAAACCGAAAGAAAAAUUAUCGUCUGAUUCCGAUUGGAAAGCCUCUCCUGUUGCGGUAUUGGUUGCCACUGGUCCCAGUUCAUGUUUUGUUAGCUAUCAGAUAUUACAUCGUUGGACUUGCUCCCAAAUGGAUUUAUCUGCAUAAACGGUUCCAGUCUUCCCCACGCCAGUCCUACUGAGAGGGGAGGAUGGCACAUCAACACCCCCCAUUGGAGCUUUCCGAGUGGACAGCAGUCCCAGGUGGGGAUCCUGACUCAGAUUCCGACCGGGACUCAGGAGUCGGCGAGGAUGCUGGAGAGGAUGCUGGCAGUCACCAUGGCAAUGACAUAUCGCACCGGCAGGAUGGAGUUGGAGAGCGAGGUGGAGAGGAAGAAGGAGAGGGGGAUUUCACUAUCUUUGUUGCCUUUCAGGGAAAUAUGGAUGACGAGGACUUCCAAGAGAAACUUGACAACAUCCUUAACAGGAUGCCUAGUAUGCUUGAAUUAGAUUCUGAGAGACUGCAGCCGCAGCAUGUGGAGCCGUGGAACAGUGUGCGUGUCACCUUUAACAUUCCCCGGGAAGCGGCAGAGCGCCUGAGGCUGCUGGCCCAGAACAACCAGCAGCAGCUCCGAGACCUGGGCAUACUCUCUGUACAGAUAGAAGGUGAAGGAGCCAUCAAUGUGGCCAUGGGGCACAACAGAGGUCAGGAGGUCAGGGUGAACGGACCAAUCGGAGCGCCUGGACAGAUGAGGAUGGAUGUGGGAUUCCCAGGACAACCAGGCCCAGGAGGCAUGAGAAUGAGCAACCCGUCGAUGGUCCCCCCUGGCCCCGGUAUGUCUGGUCAGGCCAUAGUCCCCAGCAGCAGUGGACAGAUGCACCCCAGACCCCCAUCGCAGACUGAUGCAAUGGACCCCAUGAUGUCUUUACAGCAGCAGCAGCAGCUUCAACAUCCCCAGGCUGGUCUCCACAGCCAAGGCCCCAUGCCCCCCCAGGCAGCUCACCACAUUCAGGUCAUGCAGACAGGGAGGCAGCUCAACCCAGCCGCCCUCCAGCAGCUGCAGCAGGCCCAGCAACAGGCCCAGCUCUCCCAGCUUGGUGGCCCCCGUCCCCCUUUCCAUCCCUCUGGCCAGAUGCCUGUACCCUCUGGCUGGAACCAGCUCCCCUCAGGGGUCCUCCAGCCCCCGCCAGCCCAGGGAGGACCCAUGGGCCCAGCCUGGAGGAAGGCCCCUCCCCAGGCCCAGAUGGGUCAACGUCCCCCCUCCCUGGCUACGGUGCAGACCCCCAGCCACCCUCCACCUCCGUACCCGUUUGGUAGCCAGCAGGCUGGCCAAGUGUUUAAUGCUAUGGGGCAGCUCCAGCAACAGCAGCAGCCAGGGGCUGGUCAAUUUGCUGCCCCCCAGCCUAAAGGUCUUCAAGGUGGGCCUGGAGGGGUGGCAGGACUCCCUAGACCUCCACCACCUCUGCCUCCGUCAGCAGGGCCUCAGGGUAACCUCACAGCCAAGUCCCCUGGGUCUUCAUCUUCCCCCUUCCAGCAGGGUUCUCCAGGGACUCCUCCCAUGAUGGGUCAGGCCCAGCUAGGCCCGCGACCUACGACCCCACAGGGUUUCCCUCAAGGGGUGGGCUCACCGGGCAGGGUGGUGCUGGGACAGCAGGGUAACAUGCAGCAAGGGUUCAUGGGAAUGCCCCAACAUGGGCAGCCUGGACCUCAGGUUCAUCAAGGAGGAAUGGGAGGCAUGCCCAAACGUCUGCCCAUGGGGUUCCCUAGCGUCUCAGGGAACCAGAACUUUGCCCAGGGUCAGGUGACUAGCGCCCCAGGAACCCCUGGGGGAGGACCCACUCCGCAGCUCCAGAGCAGCCAGGCUAUGGCCCACACAGGAGCCCAGUCGUCAGCCUCCAUCCCCAACACCAUGCAGGGUCCGUCCCACUCCCAGCCCAAAGUCAUGGGCCUCCACAGUGGCAUGGCUGGCCAGCCCCAAGGCACCAACUCCGGGCCCAGUAUGAGCCAGCCCCAGCCCGGCCUCCAGUCCCAGAUGAUGGACCUCCAGGGCCAGCCCGUGUCCUCGUCCCCCAGCCAGAUGGUCCAGGGUGGGGGUCCGGGGCAGACAGUACUCUCUAGACCCCUCAACCCAGGGCAGAGAGGAGGCAUGACCCCACCCAAACAGCUGAUGCCACAGCAGGGCCAGGGGGUGAUGCACGGCCAGGGCCAGAUGGUUGGAGGGCCGGGGCACCAGGCGAUGCUCCUACAACAGCAGCAACAACAAAACUCCAUGAUGGAACAGAUGCAACAAAUGCAAGGAAACAAGCAGGCGUUUGGGUUGAAAGGUCAAGCUGGGGUCAUGCCAGGUCAGAUGAUGCGGGGUCCGUCUCCUAACGUGCCCGGUAACAUGGCUCAGUUCCAGCAGGCUCAGGUGGGCCAACAGCAGCAACCUAUGACUCCACAGCAGCAGCAUCAACAGCAGCAGCAAAUGGCUCAGCUCCAACAGUUACAACAGCAGCAGCUACAACAGCUACAACAGCAGCAACAACUUCAACAACAACAGAUGACUCAGCAGCAGCCCCAACAGGUCCCCAUUGGUGGCAAUCCCAACCAGGCCAUGGGUAUGCACGGUCAACAGAUGAGACUCCCCAGUGGUCAUCCUCUGGUCCAGCAGCAGCUACAGCAGCUCCAACAACAACAACAACAAAAACAACAACAAGCCAUGCUGCAACAGCAGCAGCAACAACAGGUGGCGCAGCAACACCCACACGCUAUCGGAGACCCCAGUGGUGCUACAGGCGACAUGGGCGGUGUCCAACAGAUGCUCCCGGACAUGCAGGGUCAGCAGCAAGGCAUUAUGGGAAUUGGAGGCCCUCAGCACAUGCAGGUGGGCAAUGGCCACUUCCCGGGUCACGGGAUGAACUUCAACCCCCAGUUCGGGGGUCAGAUGGCCAUGGGAGGGCCAUGUGCUCAGGCAGGGGGGUUUCCAGUGAACAAGGAUGUGACGCUGACCAGUCCUCUCCUGGUCAAUCUGCUUCAGAGUGACAUCUCUGCCAGUCAGUUUGGGCCUGGGGGGAAGCAGGGGACUGGAGGACCUGGUCAGGCCAAACCCAAGAAGAAGAAACCACCACGCAAGAAGAAGCCCAAAGUAGGGGAGGGACAGCAGCCGGUCGAGGGGCUAGGGGGUCUGGAUGUUGGGACUGGCCUGGAGGACCCAGAACUGCCAGGGCUGAGUGGGGAACAGGGAGUGGGCAUGGACCCCUCCGGACCCAAACUCUCAGACUUCACCAACAGGCCUGCAGGUUUCCCAGGUCAGCCUGGAGACCAGAGAGUCCUACAGCAGGUGCCCAUGCAGUUCAUGCAGCAGCAACAACAACAACAGCAGCAACAACAACAACAACAACAGCAGCAACAACAACUGCAACAGCAGCAACAACAGCAAAUGCAGCAACAGCAAAUGCAACAGCAAAUGCAACAACAACAACAACAACAACUACUACAACAACAGCAGCAGAUGCAGGGACUGCAGGUUCCUCCUGGACAGCAGCAGGGGGUGGCUGGAGCUCAGGGUCCGGCUCAAGGCCAGCCACAGAUGCACCCUCAUCAGCAGCAACAACAACAGCAGCAACAACAACAACAACAACAACAACAGCAACAACAGCAGCAGAUGCUGAUGAUUAUGAAGAUGCAGCAGGAGCAGGCUAAGAGCCGGAUGCCCCUCCCUCCAGGCGGGCAGUACGCCCCCAGGGGCAUGGUGAACCCCGGGGAGGCCCAGAGGAUGCCCGGUUCCCAGCAGGGCAACAUGCCUGUCAUGAUCAACCUCCAGGGGCACGGAGGAGUGCCUCCCUCUCCAGAUAAACCCAGAGGGAUGCCCCUCAUGGUCAACCCACAGAUGGCUGGGGCAGCCAGACGAAUGUCUCACCCCGAGGCAGGGCAGGGUCCCCAGUGUACUGGGGCUGAGGAGGCCCCUGGAGCGGCCAACUCCCUGCAGGACAGACCCGGGGGCCAGGAGAUGGGGAUGCCGCCUGGGAACGGGGCCCAACAGAUGGUGGUGAACCAGGGCCCCAACACCCACAUGAUGAAGCAAGGCCCCGGCCCCUCACCCCAGCACCCUGGAGCAAGCCCCCAGCAGCAGAUGCCCCCUCAGCCCCAGCAGGGUGGCCCCAUGCCAGGCCUCCACUUCCCUAACGUCCCCACCACUUCCCAGAGCUCCAGGCCCAAAACACCCAACCGGGCCAGUCCCAGGCCCUACCACCAUCCUCUCACCCCAACCAAUCGUCCACCCAGCACUGAGCCCUCUGAGAUCAACCUCUCCCCUGAGAGGCUGAACGCCUCCAUUGCAGGUCUGUUCCCCCCCAAGAUUAACAUCCCUCUGCCCCCUAGGCAGCCCAACCUUAGCCGGGGCUUCGACCAGCAGGGUGGGCUCAACCCCACCACUCUCAAAGCCAUAGGGCAGGCCCCUCCCAGCUUAACUCUGCCCAGCAACAAUGGAAGCGGUGGAGGUAACUCUAAUAACGGUCAGCAGUCUUUCCCUACAGGCAGUGGAGCUGCCAACACGGGCCAGGGCAAACCGGACAAGCAGUCUGGAGGAGGUCAGGCUAAAAGAGCCAGUCCCAGUAACAGCCGCAGAUCCAGCCCUGCCUCCAGCCGCAAAGUCACUAACCCCAGCCCAGGGAGGCAGAAGGGGACCAAAAUCACCCUCCCAUCCCCCUCUCACCAGCAACAGAUGGUCAACCCCCAGACAGGGCAGACCAUGAUGCUGAGCCCCACCCUGGUGCCUUCUAGACCGGUCUCUCUCCCACCAGCGGCGGGGGUAGGCCUGGAGCCCCAGCAGAUACAGACCCCCUUCCAGGGGAUGCAGGGUAACCCAGCUGAGAUGCCCAGGGAAGGGCAGGGAAUGGCAGGUGUAGAGCACCGGCAGAUGCCCCAGCCUCUGAGGGAGCUCUCCGCCCCACGGAUGGCUAGCCCUCGUGUAGGCACUCCUCAGGAGGCUAAAGCUGGGCUGGAGCAGACAGUGGUGACAGGGGAGAGGCAGCCUGUACAGAGCACUCCUCAGCAGGGGUCUGGAUCUGAGGCCUCUCCUGCUCUCAGGGAUGCGCCUACCUCCCUCAACCAGCUGCUGGAUAACACAGCCACCCCCAGCGUGCCUCCCAGGCCCACUCAGAGUGCUCCGGCUGGGGAUGCUGCCUGCAAGGAGAGCACUAAAGCCUCCAUAGUUUCAGAGAACCCAUCCAGUUUUUUUCAGAGCUCGGAUGUAGGGGCUACCACUGUUGCUACUACUGCUGCUGUGAACGAGCCAGAAGCUAAACCCAAGCCUAGCUCAACCCCCAGCCCAAAACUCCCAAAUCCAGUCGGUAGUCCUAACCUGCAGCGCAACGCAAAUACCAAUCUGAAUGCUAAUCCCGGCCCUAGCCCCAAUCUAAACCCAACUGACAGCCCCAACCUAAACUCUAACUCUAGCUCCAGUAUCAAGCCUAGCACCCCUAACGUAAACCCUACCACUACCACCGGCCCUACUCUAAACCCUACUCCUAUUCUCAGCGUCAGUGUGGGCGCCAGCGUCAGUCACAGUAGUCCCCUCCCCAACGUUAUCCCCAGCCCCAAACCUAACCCAAACCCUGCCGUUAGCCCCAAACCAACCCCCAGCCCCAAACCUAACCCAAACCCUGCCGUUAGCCCCAAACCAACCCCCAGCCCCAAACCUAACCCAAACCCUGCCGUUGGCCCCAAACCAACUCCUAGCCCUAAGCCCCCGACCAAUGUCCCCACUGUCCUGCAGAUCCCUUCAUCAUCUGCCACCAUCUCCCCCAACCAGAUCAGUUACACCUCCGCCCCAGCUCCCACCCCCCAGGCCCCCGCAACCGUCGUCUCCGCUAUGGUGGCCAUGCCCAAUAAGAACAUCCGACCCCAGCAGACCAACCAGCAGACACGUGGCCCCCGCCCCCCGUUCAUCACCACGCCUGUGUUUAUUAACACCGGUACCGCCAUCUUCCAGGUCCCUACAUCGUCUGUGGCACCCAACACCACGGUGGUGUCCCAGCCGGUCACCAUGGUAAAGCCCAUACAGGUGUCCACCACUAACAUCCAGCUCACCACUGCUCCAACCCAGGGCCAAGCCCCGGCCUCGACCCAGGCUGCUGUGGUCAGUGUGGCUAGCUCCCAGCCUGCCCGAACACUAGUUGGGCAGGUCCAGAUGGCCACUAGACGGGCUUCCCCUGUCCCUGUUAGUACCCUGCCUCGUCCUCAGCAGCAAAGCCCUGGCACUCCCAAGUCGGAGACCCCGGGUGAGGCGCCCCCUGGCCAGAAAUCGAGCCCAUCCCCCCGUCCCAGCCCCUCUCCCACAGCCUUGGCGUCUGCUUCAUCUCCCGUCCAGCAGCCCCUAGCGUCCCCUCCAUGCUCCAGUCUUGGUGCCCCAACCAGCACCCGGAAGAGACCUAUGUCCCCCACCUCUGCUUCCCAGGGAAAGCCUUCCCAGGCUCCUGGCUCUGCACCAGUGGGUAAUCCACCAGACUCCCAGCAGUUUGCUGAGGCACGGUCUGCCCAACCUUUAGAGGGGACUUCCCAUCCCCAGAGGGGGCCGAACUGGGCUGUGCCCCCUCACGCCUUCCCUCCACCCCCUGCAUCUGUCACCCAGACUCAGGCCACAGUGUCUGGAGCGCAGACUCGGACCACAGCUGCUGCUGUUCCUCUGAAAGUCACCACUCCUCCUGUAUCAGCUCCAACUCCUGUCCCUGCUCAACCUGCUGCACCAGCCCAGUCCCCUGUUCCUGCCUCUACUCCCACCACCCCUCCCCCAGUGUCAGUCCCUGUCACCACCCCAACCCCUACUACUGCCCCUGUUACGUCUGUCCCUGCUCCUCCUUCAGCCUCAGUCCCAGUCCCAAGUCUGUCCCCAUCCACCUCUCCUGUUGCUGCCACCCCUGGACCCUCCAACCCCCCCGGGGACUCCCCAGCCAUAUCCUCCCCAGUGGCCCCUACCCCUAUGGGGGCUCAGCCUGCCCCCACAGCCAUGGAGCCUCCCAGCCAGCCAGCCCCACCAGAGCCCCCAGCACCUGCAGACAACACCCCAGUGUCAGUCCAACCUGAACCUCCACAGCAAGAGGAGCCUGCUGCUACUGAGAAGACUGCAGAAGAAGUUGCCACAGUAACCGAGCAAGGAUGGGCAAAGAAAAGAAAGACUCCAGUCAACUUAGUCCCCAGGGCUGCCGUGGAGAAGCCGAAAGGUCCCAGCAGACGGAGCUCGCGUGCUGAAAAGGAGGUGGAGGAGGAGACGGUGGCAGACAGCGUGCAGAGGAAGAGACCAGCCAGGCCUGGAGCCAGCGCUGUUGUCGCUGCUAAAGAAACAGGUGCCAGUCCAACCCAGGCUAAGAGAAGGAAGUCUAAAUGACCAUAGUAGUGAAACCCUGUGAACUCAACUGUAAAUGUAUUUUUCUCUGUCAAUCAUUCGAUUAUCUUUUUUUCUCCCGGAUUAUAAAUUCUCAAUGGAGAAAAUAACCAUGUACAGAUAAUUGUUUGAAAAUAAUUAUGUUGUUGAUGUUUUGUCCCCGCUAUCAUGUGAGGUUGUAGCUAGUGUGUGUGUGUGUGUGUGUGUGUGUGAAUACGUUUGUGAGUUUUGUUUUAAAAAAUAAUGCUGGGUUAAUCAUGUGAAGACUGAUAAUUGAACGUGUCUCAAUUGUAUAAUUGUUGUAAAACGUAAUAAAAUGUUCUGCUACUUAA